AUGGCCCUGACAAGCUCUGUGCUGUCAUUCCUGCUGGCCCUGCUGGUCUUCAGGGUGUCCACAUGGGCGUGUCUCUUCUGCUUCACCACCCAUGCGGAGCGCUUCCACAUCUGCCAGAUGUUUGUUGGCAUGGAUGGCCCUGACCUGGGCCAGUGUGAGGAUGCUUUCAUAGCUGCCUUUGAGAAUCUCUCCGAUGUGGAAAUCAACUAUGAGGAGAGGAGCCACCUACACGACUCAUUUGCACAGAUGAUUCACUCCCUCCAGCAGGUGGCUGCUGCCCAGGGUGAGUGGUCCUUUAAGAUCGCCUUCUCUAAUGCAGCAAAAGAAAUGAAGAAGGCCAUCUUACAGCUGAAAGAAGUCCAGGCCUGCAUCCCUCCUUGCGGGCUCCAGGAGGUUGCUCGGCGUUUCCUUUGCAGCGGGUGCUACUCCGCUGUCUGUGAUCUCCCUCUGGACUGCCCAGUUCAGGAUGUGGUGGUGAGCCGGGGGGACCAAGCUAUGUUUUUAUGCGUCGUGCGAUUCCGGUUGCCCGAGGAGGAGAUCACCUAUUCCUGGAAGUUCGCGGGAGGUCUGCGGACUCAGGACGUGUCCUUCUUCCGAGAUGUGCCGCGGGCCCGAGGGUACCUGGCGCGGAUCCGGCCGGUGCAGCCCACGCACCGCGGGACCUUCUCCUGCGCGAUCCGGCACGACCAGCGCCCCCUGGCGCGGCUCUACUUCUUCCUGAACGUGACCGGCCCGCCCCCGCGGGAGGACACCGAGCUCCAGGUCACGUUCCGGGAAGUGGUGCGCUGGGCGCCGCGCGAGGCGGAAAUGAUCGAGCCCUGGGACCCCAGCCUGGGCGAGCUGCUGGCCAAGCCCGGGGCGCUGACGCUGGGCAACCUGUUCCUGCUCGCCGUCAUCGCGGCCCUCGCGUCUGCCGGUGCCACUGUGCUGGUGUGGAUGUUCUUUCGGUGGUACUUCAGCGGCAGCUAACAGAGGUAUCUGUCCAUUAUCGCACUUCCAUCUCUAAAAUAAAGUAUAUUUCAGUAA